AACCCGCAGGGCUAAAGCAGAGUGUGGGUUGCCACUAUACCUGCAUCUCUGUUUUUAUUUAGGGAACCUGUAGCAUCUGAAGAACUGUGUUCCCUCCACAUCGGGGUGCUGCUCAUCGGGGUGACCUUGAAGAAGAAAUGGAGCUUUCAGAUCCUUUUGGAAAGGCAUGGUCUAGGUCUCUGAGCAGAGCCAAUAUCAUGACAGCCAGCCUUUUGGGGCUCCUUCUCCUCCAGAUGGUGGCAGGGGUGACAGGUGCCCGCCCCUGCAUCCCUAAAAGCUUUGGCUAUAGCUCAGUAGUCUGUGUCUGCAAUGCAACAUACUGUGACUCUCUCGACCCCCUGACUCUGCCCGAUAUGGGCACCUUCAGCCGCUACGAGAGCACACGCAGUGGACGCCGCAUGGAGCAGAGCAUGGGAAGCUUCCAUGCCACCCGCAAGGGGACAGGCCUACUGCUCACACUGCAGCCAGAUCAAAAGUUCCAGAUCAUCAAGGGAUUUGGAGGUGCCAUGACAGAUGCUACUGCCCUCAACAUCCUUGGCCUGUCACGCCCUGCCCAGAAUUUGCUCCUGAAAUCAUAUUUCUCUGAGGAAGGAAUUGAAUACAACAUCCUCCGGGUGCCCAUGGCCAGCUGUGACUUCUCCAUCCGUGUCUACACCUAUGAUGACACACCUGACGACUUCGAGUUGCAAAAUUUUAACCUCCCAGAAGAAGAUGUCAAGCUAAAGAUCCCCCUGAUUCACCAGGUCCUGCAGAUGUCCAAGCGCCCUGUCUCACUCUUCGCCAGUCCUUGGACAUCGCCCACUUGGCUCAAGACUAAUGGGGCAGUGAACGGGAAGGGAACCCUCAAGGGCCAGCCAGGGGACAAAUACUACAAGUGCUGGGCAUUAUACUUUGUCAAGUUCCUGGAUGCCUAUUCCAAGUAUGGGCUGAAGUUCUGGGCAGUGACCGCUGAGAACGAGCCUACCGCUGGCCUUUUUAGUGGGUACCCCUUCCAAUGUCUGGGCUUCACUGCUGAAACCCAGCGUGACUUCAUAGCCAAGGACCUGGGCCCUGCUCUGGCCAACAGCACCCAUCGUGAUGUUCGUCUGCUCAUGCUGGAUGACCAGAGGCUCCUGCUGCCCCGCUGGGCCCAGGUGGUGCUGGAAGAUCCUGAGGCAGCAAAGUACGUUCAUGGCAUCGCUGUCCAUUGGUACCUGGACUUUCUGGCUCCAGCUAAAUCUACUCUGGGGGAGACACACCGCCUGUUCCCCAACACCAUGCUCUUUGCAUCUGAGGCCUGUGUAGGCUCCAAGUUUUGGGAGCAGAGCGUGCGGCUGGGUUCCUGGGACCGAGGGAUGCAGUACAGCCACAGUAUCAUCACGAACCUCAUCUACUAUGUGGCUGGCUGGACUGACUGGAACCUCGCACUGAACCCUGAAGGGGGCCCUAACUGGGUGCGCAACUUUGUGGACAGCCCUAUCAUCGUGGAUAUCGCCAAAGACACCUUUUACAAACAACCCAUGUUCUACCACUUGGGCCACUUCAGCAAGUUCAUCCCUGAGGGCUCUCAGAGAAUAGGCCUGAAGGCUAGUGACAAGACUGAGUUGGAGACGGUGGCUCUCUUGCGACCUGAUGGCUCUGCAGUGGUGGUGAUACUGAACCGCUCCUCUAAAGAUGUGCCUGUCACCAUCGAGGACCCCACCCUGGGCUUCCUGGAGACCCUCUCACCUGCCUACUCUAUUCAGACCUAUCUGUGGCGCAGCAAGUACCACUGGCAGCAAGAACCAGUGAGAGAUGCAUCCCAGCAGGCGCCAGACUGUGCAGAGUCAGCUCAUACUGGUGCAUAACUGGGGAAUGGGAGAUGAGCUCGGACAAUGUGGCUGGUUACAACAGCCUCCCUUCUGGAAGGUGCCAUGGGCAAGCGAGCCUCUAGGGCAACGCAAGCCCUGGAACUCCCGGGGCAACUGUGCCUUGAGGCAGCUAACUAUGGAAAUGUGAGCCCAGCUUGUGGCAAUACCAUAUUGGGGUGGAGGGAGGGAAAGGAAAGGAAGAGAUGGAAGUGGGCCCCAUAUUGUGAAUCACAAAGGCCGCUCAGUGGGCUCAGCAUGUAUUUUGCAUGCUGGAAGCCAGGCUGGGCUUAAUAUCCUGCAGCAC